UCAGACAAGUACGUGACACGCUGUCAUCUAGGAGUUUCGACAGUUUCGGUCAAACAUUUUCGUGACCGAUCGAGAAACAGAGACGGAGUAUUAGACGAAAUCGUUAUAUCUACAAACAAUCUAAAACUACUGAACAUAGUCUGUAUACAGAUAAUCAGAAAGUUGCCGAAGAAAAAGUUUUUUGUGAUUUGACAGUGACAGGGACAGUGACAGGGAGUUUCCAAGUUAAAAGUGAAAAUGGCCACAACAGUUUGUUCGGUGCUUGGUUUACUAUGCGGGGUGCUGAGUUUGACGUUUAACGUGAUCUCCAUAGCCACUCCACAUUGGCUGUGGACCCGGGGACAGACCAACUUCGAUGUGGGGAUAUUCUGGCACUGUGACCUGGACGAAAAUUACUGUGGAGAUAUGGAGUCACUAGGUCGCUUCAUCAACCCCAGAGAUAUUGUUUGGUUUCGCACCGUCCAGGCUGCGUUUGUCAUAGCUGUUGUUGGUUCGUUGCUAGGUGCCAUCAUGUCAUUUUUGUCGCACAUCAAAUUCUUCGAAUCAUCGGGAACCUACAAGACGUUGACCAUUGUAAACAUUAUGACAAUGUCGGUGGAGCUGGUCUCUCUCGUUCUGUUUGGUCUCGACUAUACUGACAUGUUUGGCGUGGAUGGGCACAUCGUUGCAUUGAACUGGUCGUUCCACCUCGCCAUCACAUCGACAUGUUUCACGUUCCUCGCAGUCGUCUUCCACGCGAUGGAGGCAAGUCGUGCCGCCGACCUCAUCAUCAACAUGCAGAAACGUCUGACGGUGUGGUCAACACCGUACACACUGUUCAUAGACCAGGACCCCUAGGGCGGUACACAACACACUGUAAAUAUCUCCACAUACAAGGGUAUAUAACUUAUAAUGUGGCAAGGCUUAACACGCCUUGUAUUAUGUGUCUAUAAUUCUUACAAAGUUAUUUGUAAUGGUGUUUUAUUAAAAUGUUUAGCAAAGAAAUGUUAAAGAGUGUUAAAAGGAGACAGGAUUUAUAAUGGCUGACUUAUACUCAUAUAGGAAACUGUUUACAUAUUGUUAUCAUGCCUAAAUAGGACACCGUUUACAUAUUAAGAUAAUGGCUAUAGCUUAUGCCUAAUAAAUCGGAUGCAGUUUUUAUAUUAUAAUAAUGACUAGCUUAUGACACUGUUUAAAUAUUAAAAUAACGGCUAACUUAUAACCAUAUAUGAUGCUGUUUACAUAGAGAAUAACUGAUUACUGUCCUAAUUAAGAUAUCGGCUUUAUCCUGCCAAGGGAAGAAUGGCGAAUACCGCGAGGCUCUGUCGGUUGUCCAUUUGACCGAUACUUUAAGACCGUAACUGGUUAUUUUUUUGAUCUUGCAGUCCUACAUGUGACACAAAAAGAUCAAUGAAAUGAAACAUUUUCUUUCACAACUUUACAGUGAAUGUCCUGUCGAAGUUGAAUGUCCUGUUGCAUAUAAUUUCUGUACUCUAAAACAAAUUAGUUCUAAAACAACAACAAUUUAUUUUUAAAAUAAAAAUACUGUAGUCGCAGGGGACCAGAACCAACUAAAAUUUACUAACCCACAAUAAUUUCUACUAGUCAGCCAGUCUGUAUAAUAAUAUAUUAUUAAUACUAUUAUAAUAUACUGUGUCUUCACUUUGAAUAUAUGAAUAUAUUGACAAAACAUUUUUAAGAACACCUGGUAAGUGAUCAACAUCACGUGGCCCGUCGGGACUCAUACUUGCAUUUUUUAACGCGUCCGUCAGAAUUUUUACUCACAUUUGGUAAGUGGGCGAGUAAUUUCUGCACCCCUGAGUCUUCAAAAACGUUUAAAAAAAAUUAAAACCAUCAAUUGGAAAUAAAAGAAUAAGUAACUUUAAACAAAACUGAACAAUACAAGAGUAGUUUACUAAUUAUAACCAGUGUAAAAGUGAACAAUACAGGAGUACUUUACUAAUUAUAACCAGUGUAAAAGUGAACAAUACAGGAGUACUUUACUAAUUAUAACCAGUGUAAAAGUGAACAAUACAGGAGUACUUUACUAAUUAUAACCAGUGUAAAAGUGAACAAUACAGGAGUACUUUACUAAUUAUAACCAGUGUAAAAGUGAACAAUACAGGAGUACUUUACUAAUUAUAACC